UUUUUUGACCCAUUUCAAAGGUAACGAAUGUAAAUUUAUUGUCCGUCUAUCAGUUAGGGAAACAACAACCAAUUUCAGCCCUUCCCUGUCACUCACUCUUACCUUUAAUAACACAAUUUUUCGGGGCUAAUUGAUACGCCUGACGGCAUCGCGUGACCAAAACUGAACGCUAAACGACAAAGAUAAACACAAGGAGAAAUAAAAGCGGCAGAAAAAGAAAACAACGGACAACGAACAACGAACAACCGACAACCAAAAGCCGGCACGAAAACGAAAACCAAAAAUCAAAUCGCAGGGCGCCAACAGAAACUUCCACGCGACGGCGUUCAAGUUCAUUGCCAUUUAGGCCAAAAUUGGCGCACGCGGAACUUGUCUUUAGCCCCCCGCUCCCCAAAAAAAAACAAGUACAAAAAGCACGAAGGAAACCAAAAUACAAAAAUACGGGCCACAGAAAACGAAAAGCAAAACAAUUCGACUACAAAGUUAAAGAAAAUACACACGGCUAUUUUUGGGAACGCACGUAGCAUUUGGCAGCCGCAGAAAUUGUUGGUGAAAACUGAGGCAUUAAAUUGCACUCGAUCGAUGGACGGAUUGUGCACACGGAUCGAGCAGGGCACUUCCCGGCACGUUUCCCCUUUUUUUCUGCACUUGAUAAAUGCCAAAGGCAUUUAACGCAUUUGGUUGCAAUUAAUUUUUGCUUUGGGGAGUGUGAAAAAUUUUGGUUGCUUGCCAACCGCAACAUUUUGAUCGCCUUCGGAAAAUGAGAAUCUUUCAAAAUCAGCUAAAAUCAUCAACAAUCUUGCAUUCCAUUAUCAAGUGGUUGCAAAUGAGAUUUCGCGCCGACAGCAUGGCGAACUCAUUGCACUCGUAAAACGCAAAACAAGGAAAAUGCACUCAAAAUGCAGUUGAAAUUGCAUUUAACACAUUUUCCCGAACCCAUUUGCUCGGGGCAGCGGGUGUGAGGGAUGUAACUUUUGAUUUAUUUGCAUGACAAACGGGUUAAUUACAGCAUGUUGCGGUAGCAACACCAACUGCACGGCAGCAGCACUGCAACACAGCAACACAGCAGGCUAACAAAAACAGGAUUUUUUCUUGGCUUACAGGCACAAUUGUUGCAUGCCCGAUGAUGCAACAACGAGCUGGAAUAUUGUGGGCGUUUGGAAAUGGCGCCAAUGCUCCCUCCGAAAUAUAUAUAUUUAUGUGCUAAAAAGUUUGGGCAAUUGACAAGCUUGUCCCUGGCUGGUAAACGAAGUUUUUUGGAGCCCGAGCCCCAAUACCCACUUGGCACCAGGAGGUGCAACGUCAUUUAUUACACUCACACUACUCACAGACGGCCAGAGUUUCUUUGUUAUUUGAUUGAGCUUGAGGCUGGCAUUGAGGGUCCAUAAUGGAAUUUUUAUUUAUUAAAUGCGAGUCUCUGUCCAUCGCCUGUGCGCCGUUGUGUAAUUUAUCACAGCCUGGCCAGCCAGAAAGGAAUUUUCUGCGGGAUUUAAUGCCAUGACAAUGGGUGAGAAGCGGUGGAAAAAGCAGUGACGGCGGCCGCGGGGGUUUUUGUGUGGAGUGUGGCAAUGCAUAACGCAUUAACAAACGGCUUUCAGCUGCAUAUUGGCUUUUGUGAUUAACGCUCGCACAUGCAGAGCGGCGAGCGCAUAAAACACUGAUACCCUUGUUGCUGAAACGGGCUAUCGAUGGCUGUGAUUUAACCCAUGUUUUUUACCUAAAAAUAAUAAUACAAAUUAAAAAAAACUAUGUAUGUAUAUCUUGUUAAAUAUUGUUAAACCAAUCCUAAAAUUAUUUUAAAAAUAAUAUAGAUAUUUUUUUUGCAAUCCAUAAAUGGUCGGGCGCCAUAGUAAUGUUGCUGCUGAUUAAAAAACUCGUUUGUUAUUGGGUUAACUGUGAGCCCUUUUUUCAAUAUUAUAACGACUGUUAAAUGCCACAAAUUGUUUAAUGCGUCGGCUUGCACUACCUCUCCUCCCAUCCAAGCUCACGAUGGUUCUGCAGCGUGCAACCACCGAGCGAUUUAUGCAAAUGCAACCAAUGCACUUAGCGCCGUUAAAUAAACAAAAGCAUUAUCAGCACCAGCACCAGCACCAGCUUCAGCAGCAGCAGCAGGCAGACACAGAAUGCAGAAUGCAGAAAUGCAAGACAAUGCAUUAAAUUCCCUUUGCUGUGAUGUGCGGGGAGUGAAGCCGCAGCACAGCAGCAACAGCAACAGCAACAGCAACAGCAGCAACACACAUCAAAAAUUCACUAUGGAACUUAUCUAAAUGCACUAAAUUACACAUUAAGCGAGUAUGCGAGUAACUUAAAUCAAGACCUGCACACACAGUCGCAAUCUAAGCGCAUAAACAACAAGAACAAGCCCCGCAAAAUGCAAAUUUGCAUUCAAGAGGGCAAGGAGGGUGAGCAAAUUGAGUUGGCAUGGUCAGGGACUAGAGAUUGCGGACUCAUAUAGACUUACUUGCCCUAGCUGCUUAAUUUGCGUGCGAGCUUAUAGUGUUUUUUUUUUUGUUUUUCAUCCCACUAUGGCUGCUGUGUCUGUGCCUGUGCCUGCCCUCCAUCGAUUAUGUAAAUGCGAAAAUUUCCAUUAAAUGCAUUGAAUUCCAUUACGAACGCAUCAUGAUCAUCAUCAUCGUAGUCUUCAUUGUCGAAGUAGUGAAUGAGCGAACGCUGUAAGGCAGAAACACAGAGAUCUCAGCUCUGGGCGCCCAUUGUCUUGCGGUCUGGCGAAUUUAUAGCUCUACAACUGCGAGUCCGGCACAAUGAAGUCAUUUGCUGUGGAAUGUUCGGCGGUCGUCGAGGCAAGUGAAAAUGCCUGGCCCGAAUAUCGUAAAUCGUUUACUGGUGGCCGCUUGUCUGUUGUCCGUUGUCCGUUGUCUGUUUCUCUCGGAGGUAUUUUUAUUAGCCAAACACAAAUUGAGGCAACACGACACGACACACAAAACCGAAAGAAAAACACUUAACAUCAACACGAAAAGACUAAGCAAGCGCAACAAGGCUAAAAAACAUGGCUCAGAUCAGCUCAGGUUGGCCCAAGCGGACUCAGAGCGAGAAAAACCAACAGAAACUACUGUUUAAACAUCUCUGCAGUCGCGUUUGCCAUGGAUUUUUUUACCUGGUUCACCCUUUUCCAAUCUACCAUGUUGGCCAAUGACCAAACAGAAGCUUACGGCUAUUUGUUCCACCAGCUGGAGGUUUAUAAUUUGCGUACUGCAGUUUGGGGCCAUCAUAAUUUCGUUGCCAGUUGGCAGGAGGAUGUGUGAAAAUGUCUGUGUGCCGGCCUGCGGCAUUUGAAACUCAGUGCAGCAAAUGUGCAACCAAAUGGAUCUAUUGUUUGCCGGCUUUCACCACAAACGCCGCUUCACUUUUGUAUUUGGCAACGCAUUUCACACUUUGAGUGGUGAAAAUCUCUCUGACUCACAACUCAAAACUCACUGGCAACUGUAAGCGAAACGAAAAUCAUUGGAAAAGCCUGGAAAAUGCCGGAGGAUAAAGGAGAAUGUGUUGCUGACGAUUUCGACCGGCCCAGCAAGACCUUGGUUCUGUUGAUCUUCACCUUGGCCGUUUUCAUGAAGUUGGGCAUCAUUCUGGUGGAGAUUAUGGUGUGAGAUGGGAAU